UUCCUAUAUUUCAUAUUUCAGAAAGUGAAUAAUGCAAUAUGUUCCAGGGAACAAACUCACUAGAAAACACUUUCUAUAGACGGGAGUGUAUUAAGGGUAUCCCUAGUCUGAAAGAUGACAAGGUGUGUUGCUGUGGACUCCAUUUAUCUCUCCAUCCUCUUCAUCCAAUACCGGGUAUCAGUCCUGCUAGUACCAGUAAGGCUGACCCUAAUGCUACAGAGCACUGGAAUCCAACGCGGCAUACUGUUCCUCUCCCGACUAAUGCCUUCGGUUGUAUUGACUUCCAGGGUGGACCACACCCCAGCAAGGCCCAGUAUAUCCGACUGGCCCACGAUACUAAACCAGAUCUGGUCCUAACCCUACUACUGCAGGAGUGGGGACUAGAACUACCCAAGGAAACGUUAAAGAAGGCUCUGGGGGAAGGACUGCUCAAGGCUGCUAAAACUACUGGAGCUUGGAUUCUUACAGGAGGACUCAAUACCGGGGUAACCAAGCAUGUCGGGGACGCACUUGUCACUGAGAGGUCACCCAGGUUGCGAAGUGGAAGAGUGGUGAGUAUUGGAGUAGCUCCUUGGGGCGUAGUGGAAGCCAGGAAUAACCUUAUUCAGAAGAAUAAAGAUAUUGCUUACCAUUCAAUUCAUAACCCAGCCUCAAGAUUUGCUGCAUUGAACAAUCGCCAUGCUUACUUUCUUCUAGUUGACAAUGGAACUGUCGGCAAAUACGGUGCUGAGCUUGCGCUGCGCCGCAAACUUGAAAAAUUUAUUUCCCUCCAGAAACUCAACGCUUCAAAAUCUCGAAAGUUCCCGUACUGGACUCACUGCUCCACCCCCCUGGUCUGUCUGGUCAUAGAGGGCGGAACAAAUACCAUUAGAUCUGUACUGGAGUAUGUGACGUCAUCCCCACCGGUACCGGUCGUCAUUUUUGACGGCACUGGCCGAGCAGCCGAUAUUCUAGCCUUCGCUCACAGAUACAUUAAUGAUGAUGGAGAGCCCAGCUUGUUGUUGAACGAGAUGUACGAGGAGUUCCUGGAGAUGAUACAGAAAACAUUCAAGGUUGACCUAGAGCAGGCGGACCAGCUGUACAGAGAGAUUAUUGAGUGUGUAAAGAAGCGAACUCUUAUUACAGUGUAUAGAUGCUAUGAGGAUCAGAAGAGCAGUGAGGAUAACCGGGUUGAAUUGGAUCAGACUAUCCUUACAGCACUCUUCAAAUCUCAGCACCUCUCUCCUGCAGAACAGCUGAGCUUAGCGCUCACAUGGAACAGGGAGGAUAUUGCCCGCUCCCAGGUAUUCCAGUAUGGAGUUGAAUGGACUCCAGGAGAACUAGAGCAGGCAAUGAUGGAUGCCCUUAUUAACAACAGGGUUGCCUUCGUGAAGCUGUUGCUUGAGAACGGGGUGAACAUGAGCAACUUCCUGACCAUUGAGAGAUUGGAGGAGUUGUACAAUUGUAAACAGGGGCCAGCCAAUACGCUCAGAUAUCUUGUGAGAGAUGUAGUUCCUAAAAUGCCACGAGGAUAUUCUAUUUCUCUGAUCGAUAUAGGUAAUAGUCGACAUCUGUCCUGUUCUGUAUUUCUUAUAUUAUAUACCUGUCCUGCACCACAGCUGAUGAGUGGCGGUUAUAAAUCAAGUUACACCCGGCGAAGGUUCCGAAGAACCUAUGUGGAUGUGAUGUCCCCUGUGAAGGAUAACGGAACAUCUCAGUUGAUAGAAAACCCUGGCAGUAUUAAGAGUGGGUUGGGGGAAUCCACUCAAUAUUUCGAUCGGCCAUUCAGUGAACUUAUGAUAUGGGCUGUACUUACCAAGCGCCAGGAUAUGGCUGUUUUAAUGUGGCAGCAUGGAGAAGAGAAUAUCGCAAAAGCCCUAGUAGCAUGUACACUGUACAACGCUAUGGCCUAUGAAGCGGAGGAUGAUGAUCUUGAUGUAGAAAUAUACGAAGAACUUCUUCAAUAUUCAAAGGAGUUUGAAACCCACAGUUGCCGCGUCUUGGAUUACUGUUAUCAACAGGACGACGACCUCACCAAACAGCUGCUGACCGCUAGUCUGGAAAACUGGUCUCGUCAAACCUGUCUCUCUCUGGCUGUUCUUGCAAACAACCGGAAAUUUUUGGCUCAUCCUCUGUCUCAGAUAAUCCUGGGAGAUUUGUGGAUGGGAGGUUUAAGGAUGCGAAAAAAUCCCGGUUUUAAGAUUGUGCUGGGGCUGCUGUUCCCUCCCACCCUGUACAGCCUUGAGUUUAAGACCAAGGAGGAGCUAGAGCUCAUGCCUCAAACUGAAGAAGAAUAUAUACUGGAGAAGGAAGAUGAUGACACUACAUCCCAGUCCUCAUGUGACAACUCAUUUGUAGAAGUCAGAGAAGAUAUUGAGUCCCUUGGUAGGGUUGGUCCCUUCUUCCGGCCCAGGGUAGAUUCUAGAGGAUUGAGUAGCUUGGUUGAAGCCAGGGAGCCAGGAGAUAUCGGGGAAAUCAGUAUUCCCAAUAUAGAUGAGGUCAAGAGAAAGACUCGUCCCUUGAAGCUGAAAAAGAAAAUUACUGAGUUCUAUGGAGCCCCCAUUACAAAGUUCUAUUGCCAUUCAGUUGCUUACCUCCUCUUCCUGUGUUUGUACACCUACAUUUGUCUCAUCAAAACUCCCCCUGAGCCUUCUGGAGCAGAGAUAUUUGUAACCCUGUAUGUAGUCACCUAUGGAAUGGAGAAGAUCAGGCAGCUUUUUGCUCUAGAACCAACAGAACUAUCUCAGAAGUGGAAGGUUUGGGUUGCUAAUUCAAUGUGGCAUCCUUGUGACUUAGCUGGUAUUAUAAUCUACUUGCUAGGUUUUUUGCUCAGAUGGGAUCCAGGUACCAGGGCCUAUGCUAGGGUUAUCUAUUGCACAGUCAUCAAUUACUUCUUUGUCAGACUUUUUAAAUUUCUAUCUGUUAGCAAAUACUUUGGACCAGUGGUAACCAUGAUGUACCGAAUGAUUAAGAACAUGCUCUACUUUAUUGUUCUGCUCCUUGUUGUUCUGGUAUCCUUUGGAGUCUGCAAUCAGUCAAUUAAGUAUCCAAAUGAAGAAUGGCAUUGGAGACUGUUAAGACAUGUUUUCUACCAGCCUUAUUUCAUGCUGUAUGGUGAAGUGUAUGCCCCUGAUAUUGAUCCAGAGUGCAAUCCUGACUGCACAGCCUAUGGUGAGUGUGGAGAAGCUAUUGAUGGAUCUAUGAUGGUUCCUUGCCAUCCAGGUCGUUGGGUAACACCUGUAGUUAUGACUCUGUACCUACUUUGUGCUAAUAUUCUUAUUAUAAACCUUCUCAUUGCAGUAUUCAACAAUAUAUACCAACAAGUCAAUGCCAUCUCGCAUGAGGUUUGGAACUUUCAAAGAUUUUCUGUUGUCAUGGAGUAUGAGGAGAAGCCAGUGCUUCCACCUCCCCUUAUCAUCUUUAGUCAUUUAUACCGGUUUUUCAGAACAGUCUACCGGCGCUUUACUGGUGCACAUGGGAACCUUGAGUCUGGCCUAAAACUUUUUCUUGACCGAUAUGCGCUUGAAAAGCUUUAUGAUUUUGAAGAAGAGUGUGUCGAAAAUUACAUGUACCAAGUAGAAGAAUCUAAGCAGGAAAAUUCAGAAAUAAGAUUGCUAAAUGUGAUGAAAAGAACUGAAAAAAUGGGUCACAAAAUGGAUCUUCUCAACACAAAUUUAUUAAACUUGUUACAGACAAAUGAUUUGGGGCUGAGGAAACUAGAGGAUCUUUGUGAGAAAACAGCCAGCCAGCUGGCUGUCAUUCAUAGAUUUAUGUCAAAUCACACCGGAGACUUCAGUGAAAGUCAACAGAACUUGGUAGAAAACUUGCCAGUCCAACGAGUCAGAAGAAAAUCUUAUAGUAGAUCAAUAAGUGAACGGUCCUCUCAUGGUGUUCAAGAACUUGCAAUGGAACUUGAAGAAAAAUCGCGAAAAUACAGAACUGAUCGUUCCAAAAGGUUAAAAUCUCCUUCACCUUUUGAUGCCUCACCAGAAAAUAGCCCAAGAAGACUAAUUUCAAAUGUUAACAAGACUGGAAAAUUCAAGAAAGUUCGCACCAAUUCUUCAGGUUCUGACAAAUACCUUAAAUUGUCCAUUGAGAAGUCCAAAAGGAGAAGAGAAAGGACAUUGUCCUCAGAACGGGAUCUUGGGUCAGAUAUUUCAGAGGAGAGUAGUGAGGAUGAUUAUAAACCAGACGACAGGACAUUAGUUGGGGAAAAUGUCAUAUCCAGAGAGAAUAUGCAAGAAGAUGCUCCACCAGGGCGAGAUGCUACAGUUAAAAUCCAUGAGUGUAGAAGUGAGGCCGGAGGAUCCCAAGUCCAGGGAUCUAAGUCUGACUCAUCUGUAAGUUCAAGGGAGGGAUACAGAGAUCGUCUGAAGGUUUACAACAGGAAGCAUCUUGCUGCUACCCGAGACUAUACUUCAAUUACUGAUGAACUAGAGGGGCGUCUACCCAACCCAGUGAAUGAGGAUCGACUAGAUAAACGACUCCCAGCUAUCAGGGUUGAGGAGAACACAUUAAUGGAUGCUGAAGAAGCAGAUUACAACCUGUUUGAAAACCUGAUCGAAAGAAGACUAAGGAGGGAGAGCACAAACCUUCAUUCUUCAAUGGAAGAAAUGAUAAAUAAAUCAAUCCGAGAAGAUUCUUCCUCCUCAGACUCUUCAUCUGAUCCAGACAACAAAGGUGACAUACCUGCUCUUACUCGGGUUCAAAGCUCUAAAAUCAGAACAAGAAGACACACCAAACCGAGAACCAAGGAAUCCCUGCUUCAUCCACAGUUUUUGUUGCCUUCGCCUGGAGUUAUAGAACCUCGAUCUCCAAUUCUCAAAAUAGAAUCGGACAAAGGGACAAACUUUUCACCUGUUCCCCCCCUUCUUGAAGUUCCUGGAACUCCUGGAACAGUUCACCUGGGUCCUGGAGUACUUCACAAAAUUCCUGGAGUUGAAAUGCGCGAAAAACUCGCAAAUACUAAGUUAGUUCCCAUUUUGCCCGCAAAGGCCACAGGAGGCGCUGUAAGCUCAUCUCUACAGAAAAAUCCGUUCUUUUCCAGCCACGAUGUUCGUCUUUCCACGGAAGUUACCGCUGCGCAAGAUGGCGAUAAGUUUCAUGUUUCUUUUGCGGGAGGAAAAGGGAAAAAGUUUCUAGAGAAAAAGAGAAAUAACAGUUAUUAGAAAUAAAUUUCAAUGAGAAAAGACCGAAUUGCCAAAUAAUUUGUGUGAUUUAUGCCAUGUAUUAAUGUGAACCCAUUUUGCCAUUUAUUAAUUUGUGAACCCACUUUGCCAUUUAUUAUAUUUAUUCUCUAUCAGUUGAAAAUGCAUUAUGAUCUAUUUUUGGGGACCUAACAGAAUUGGGAAGCUCAAUUUUACGACUGUUUUUACAGUAUAUGAGGUUGUUUAUCUUUAACACAAAUACAAAAAUGUCAAAAUUGCACAAUUUUUUUCUAUCGUUGUUUCCAUGAUUUUUAUCGCUUGGACUGCACUAAACGUAGAGGCAAAAGAACUCAUUAUUAAUUAAUAUUAUUAGAUUUCUUAAGAUGCAGAAUAAAAUCCUUUAAAUGUCAGAAAAUCUAGCUUCCAUCACUGUUAGGCUCAAUGCGCAACCCAUCCCAGUGCAAUAUAUUAACAAUGGAAUAAAAACCAAAUAAAGCUGUGAAUAUUAGUAGAGCUCGAUAAUUAGCAAUGGUAAUCAAGUUGCUGAUAAGCUGCUUAAAUAAUUAGUUAUAAUCCUAUUUGCUGCUAAUUAUUGAGCUGUUUAGUGUUUAAUUAAUGAGUUGAUCAAAUAAUGAGCUGUUGCCGCAAUCCAUGCCAUUGAUACCGUAAGUAAGUGCAGUAUUCCACGCUUUAAAGGGAGUGUUCGUUCUUUUCGGAAAAAGGGAAAAGGACAAAUUUUGAAUCUAAGUUUGUUCUCAAUUCCAUUUUAAACAGAGUAUCUAAGGAAAACUGUUAUUAUUUUUGAAUUUUGUCGGCACUCCCUUAAAUGUUGUGCGGAGUUUCAUCUUUUAUUCCAAGAUUGGAACUCCCAGUUAGUUUUAGAUUGAUUGUCUUCUAUUGUAGAAGUCAGCCAUUUUGUCGGCUAAUAUGUGCCAAGUUAGAUAUUUAUUUCAUUGUAGCUUUUAGAUUUUCUCUGGGAAAGAAUUCUUUCAAUUUCUAAAUGUAUAAUCUUUCAACAAAAUUUUGAGAUUUUUUUAAACAGUUCAACUUUCAACUUUAAAUAGCUUUCAAUGUAAAGUUCAAAGUAGUGUUCAAAGUAGUAGUUCAAUGUGUGUUUAAAUUUUGUACAAUUAUACUAACGCUGUUGUGAAAACUUUUUGAAGUUGUAAAGUUCUCAAUAAUUACGCUGUACUGUACUGUACUCUUUACUGUACUGUGCUGUACCGUACUGCAGUUUUUACAAUUUAUUAUUAUGUACAUGAAGAACCUGUUCUGUUUCCUCUGUCAAUUUAUCCGGUGUUGCUAAGAAUCAUAAACUAAUUGUGAAAAGAAAACUUUGAAUUUAUUAAAUAUUUUUCGGAUU